CCACCAAGCACCACCUCAGCUUCAAUGGCUAAUGAAGUUAUUUAUGCUGAUCUGAACCUCCCUGAGGCCGGGCUGGCAGAACCACCACAAGCCUGCUAUUCCCACCACUGCCCCAGAUGGCAUCAUGUUGCACUGCGAGUAGGAGGUGCUGGUUACAUUCUCUUGCUGGUGGCAGUUAUCGUGCUUAGUGUUUGUGUUAUCCAUAGCUCAAAGCCCAAGCUUGAAACCUCUUCAGAGACAGAGGCGACCACUCAGAGAUGCAGAAAUAGAAGCAACUGCAGUUCAGGCAUGGAGAACCUGAUACCUUAUCUUAAGCAGCACGUGUGUGAGCAAGAGCAGAGGAGAUCCACAGAGAACACCAUUUAUCCUUCCAGAGAAAAGAAGUGCUUCCUGUGCCCCAAGGAUUGGCUGUUUCAUGGAAACAAGUGUUACAAUUUUUUUGGUAAGGCAUACAAAGACUGGAAUAAGAGCAAUGAAACUUGCACUGAGAAGAAUGCCCAGUUGUUGGUGAUACGGGAACAAGAAGAAAAGGGAUUCAUUGAGAAUAUCACAAAGACUAAGAAUGCUGUUUGGAUUGGACUGCAAUUUAAUUCCCGGGACAAGAAAUUCUUUUGGAUGGAUGGUUCUCCCUUACAGAAAAACAUGAACUCCCUUGUGCAAUCUCAACAUUUAGAGACUUUGGCAAAUGCACUCCCGUUUGAAGAACCAUCGGAAAGCCCUGAGAGCAUAUUUCCCAAGGUGGCCUGAACCAAGCACUGCGAAAGACCAGUUCAAUUCCUGCGGGACCUUAAAAGGGA